AUGAGGAUUGACUUUUUCUCUGCUCUUUCUAGGCCAGAGUACGGGUGCCUGGAGUUUCACGAUGAAGUUGGUCUAAGUGAUCAACAAAGACAAGAGGUGUUUCAAUGUGUACGCAAAUGUCUGUUUUUAUUGCUUGAAGGAAUAGGACAUCAGCACCAGUCCAUACCAGCCGACAAACGCCUACGCCAUGACCUCGAGAAUUGGGUCCAAGAGCAUCUGGCACACCUAUUCCCAGAGAAGCGUCAGGCUCUACAAGCAAUAGUUCAGACUUCCGAGCAAGUUGCCGAAUACUUCUAUUCUCAUUGCUCGCAUGAGACGAAGCUAGUCAUGGCCAUCACUACCGUCAUCUUGUUCUCAAGCGACGACAACUCGAUCCUCAGUCCGGAUGAGCGCAACCGCUUGUCCUACUUUUCUUGUAAUGACGGUCACAGUCCACCGGAUGCCACCCCUUGGACAGCGGUCCUCACGCACGGGUUACAAUUGGGUGCUGAGUACUUUGGAUCCCAAGACCCCCUGGUCGGGAGCCUUUCGGCGAAUGCUAUUCGCGGGUUCACGGAGGCUUGUACCAUGGAAUACCGCAUGGAACAGGGGGAGUUGCCCGUUCAUCUUGCAACACACGGACGGCUACAUCCAAGUUCCGAGUGGUGUGCGGCCGCAGCAUUCCCAGGGUACCUUCGUUCGAUGAGUGGCAUUUCGUUUCACUAUAUACCUCCAAUAUUCAAGCAUUCUCGCACCGAGGAAGUUCCUUCUCCUUACUGGAUAGCGCUGGCUCCCGUCUUGAGGAACUUCAUUGAUUACACAAACGACCUGCUUUCUUAUCCGAAGGAGGUUCUCGCGGGCGAGACACGUAACUACCUUCUGCUGGCCACAAGAACCAGGAGAAUAGCAGGCAGGCCGUCCAGAUUUGGUCCAGAAUUGUGGACAUUCCGAGAUACCUUUUGUGAAACACUUGAGAAUGUCCAGAAAAUUGUUUUUUCUUUGGACAGGGCUUUCACAAGUUGCAUGCCCCGUGGUAAGAAUGCAUUGGAGUAUGGUAACGAGACUGGAUUCGACCCAAAUGCUCGAUUAGCUGCUGAAUCCUGGUUCUCUUUCCGACAGAACUUCAUUGCUUUUCAUCUGGAGUCUGAGAGGUACGGACUAAAGCGUCUUGCUUUUGAGAGAAACACUUACACUGCUGAAGAGCUGUGUGCACCCAAGUACAAGCCCCUGCAUGUCGCUUGUGCUGGUGCGGCGACUGCUUCCUUGUUCCUAGCUUCUGCGUUGAGCUAUCGCUAUUUUUUCAAGUGA